AGUGACAAUAAAACAAAUACGAAUAUCUGUACGUUUUCCGGGGGAUGAUGCGGCUUGUUUUGAAGGUUUAGAGAUGGAGAUCAUUCCACUGGAAUCAGGCAUUGAUUAGUAGAGCGAUUUACUGGAUUGGUCAGAAACAAUAACUCCCCAAUACACAAACAAUGACAGCAAUGAGAAACAUCGGCAAGCGCUGCACCUUCUCUUGUUCCAUCAUAGUAAACAAAUGGCCACUCGUAAACUCAUUAUCUACCUUGUUUCUUGUGUGAUUGGAGCUUCAUCUGCCUUACUUCUUAACACAGAACAUGAAUAAUUCCAACUUUUCUGAGAUUAACAAUUCCAGUGAACACCUUCCGCAUGAAGCACUGAGUUCCGAAGUCGCCGCGGUUUGUUAUGCCGUCAUAUUUGUCUUGGCUCUCUUGGGCAAUAGUCUGGUUAUUGCCACCCUUGUCCAGAACAAGAGAAUGCGGACAGUGACCAAUGUGUUCUUGUUGAAUCUGGCCAUCAGUGAUCUGCUCUUGGCACUUUUUUGUAUGCCUUUCAAUAUCAUUCCCAUGCUCAUGAGAAAUUUUGUUUUUGGACCAACAUUUUGUUAUCUUUCACGAUACUUUCAAGGGGUAUCGGUAGGGGUCAGUAGUUUUACCUUAGUCGCCAUUUCGCUGGAGAGAUACUUUGCCAUUUGUCGUCCCUUACAGUCCAGAAAAUGGCAGACUCUCUCCCACGCAUACCGCAGCAUCCUACUUAUCUGGGGAAUGGCGUUUGUGAUCAUGAUUCCCAUUCCAGUCCACACCAAGCAUGAGAAUAGGCGCCCUGGAAUGUACACUUGCCGAGAGAAAUGGGUUGCAGAUAUAGCGGAGCGGAUCUACACGGUGGCGCUUGUGUUACUCCUACUGGUCAUACCACUUAUUGCAAUGUCCGUGGCGUACGGUACUGUUACACACACUUUGUAUGAGGACAUAACAGUGCAAAAGGGAACAAAUGGUUUUUACAGAAGGCGUAACAGUGGCAGUAUGCAGUCAUUAGAAAAUUCCAGCUUCAGAAACUUUUUGGGAAGUAGAGGCGGGGGCUUAAACAGUGGCGACUCAACGCCGCAAAGAAAACCAGAGCAACGGUGCAUGAUUCGGCAUUCAAACCCUGAGCGCAGCCGCGCAGCCAAAGUACGCGUGAUACGUAUGUUGUUGGCGGUAGUGAUAGAAUAUUUAAUCUGUUGGACACCAUUGUAUGUUGUGCAAACUUGGAAUUCCUUUCAUUCGCAGAGUUUGAAGGAGUACUUUUCUAACCUAACUCUGUCUCUUGUCUUCAUGCUGGCGUACAUAUCGUCUGCUUGUAAUCCAGUCACUUACUGCUUGAUGAACAAGAAAUUCAGACAGUCUUUUCGAAGCGUUUUAAGUUGCUGUAACUGUUGUAGUUUACCAAAUGUCAGUCGACAUUUUUCCAAUCGUAGUGAUCAGUUUAAUUCUCUAAAACUUCAGACGACACGCUGUAGUUUACUGAAGAAUCACCACCAAGAACUGACGCAGGAACAGGUCUAAGUGUCACACAUAUUAAAGACCACCACCAAGAACUGACCCAGGAACAAGUCUUAGAGACAUGUACACAAUAAGAACCAUCACCGAGUUCUGUCCCAGGAACAGGUCUUAGUGAAAUGUACACAAUAAUAACUAUCACCGAGUUCUGACCCAGGAACAGGUCUUAGUGACAUGUACACAAUAAGAACCACCACCAAGAACUGACCCAGGAACAGGUCUAAGUGCCACACACAGUAUCCAGCACUGGAAAUUGGAAAUUUAUCUAUAGUGCCACUAAAUGUUAGCAAGUGUGCCAUCUUAACUAAAACUUGUCGAAUGCUGGUAGUUACUCCGGAACAUGUAUAGUGCCAGUAAUGUUAGCAACUGUGCCAUCUUAACUAAAACUUGUCGAAUGCUGGUAGUUACUCUGGAAUAUGUAUAGUGCCAGUAAUGUUAGCAACUGUGCCAUCUUAACUAAAACUUGUCGAAUGCUUGGAGUUACUCUGGAAUAUGUAUAGUGCCACUAAAUGUUAACAACAGAGCCAUCUUAACAAGGAACCGCAAAGCAGAAUAUCCCCUCGCAAAAGAGUACAUUUAUGUUAGAGGCCUGUU